CUGAACCAGUCAGCAAGCUUAACUGGUAAUCACGAAAAUAUUUUGCGGACCGUGAGACGGCAAUGGCUCUGGAAGUCCAACGGGCUUUUGCGGCGAACUUUGACAGAUUUGCCGCGCUGUUUUCGCCUUCCUUGAAUGGUGGACUACUCAACUACAUUUUCCAACCAGUCGUCGUUCCUGGUGCCAAUGAGACAUUGCUGACAGUUCCACAGACUACGGGGGCUUCCUUUGCUGCUUAUCUCAGUGAAUUGCUGCUGAGGUUCAAUAAAAACAACCCGGUGAUAGAAGUUUUACCACAGAAUGUUCAGCCAACUCAAAUCCAAGUCACAUUUUAUCCUAUUCAGAUUGCAUUGGGGAUCAUUGCAUUUCUCGUGACUUUUUGCAUGUUAGUUGUCCUAAUUGUGGCUCCUUGCAAGUAUUACACAGUUUAUAAAUAUCGGAAAAAUCGCUCAAAACACAAGACCCACUGUACUUCGAAAACUACAAUAAUUGAGGAACUAGAAACGGACAAAAAUCAUUAUGAAGCACAAAAUCAGAAACUCCCACCAAGACAAAACAGCAGCAUUUUUGAGGAACAUAUGGGAAUCUCAGUCCAACAAAGUCGAUGGUACCUUGGCCUGGGGAUCGCAAUUGGAGUUUCAGUAUUGUUUAUCGUGUUAUGCACUCCGUUUGUGUAUAUCUCUCUGGAUGCGGUGGUGGUUGCCAUCAGUGGAACUUCAAAUACUGGCUUUUCAAUCGGGUUGGAAGAAGCAAUAAAAGAAGCGUUUGAUGGGGCAAUUUCAUUUUUGCAAAACUUGCCCAUACGGGGAAGUGCGGCGACGAGUUCUCUACUUGAAAGUGUACAAACCGAUAUAGUGGAAAAUUUACAUAUUCUGGUGAGAAAUAUCCUGGAACAACUGCUCAAAAGCUACGGCGCACGGUUAUUGAUUGAUCAAGUCAGCCUGUUAAAAACGGACGUUGAUACCCUACAGAACGUCACCAGUUUCAUCGCACAAUCCCAACAAGAAACACUUGCCGAUAUUUCCUAUUUACAAGGGCAAGUCGUUGGAUAUAAAAACGUCUUGAACAGGGCUUUUGAGACGUUGUGCCCUAAACUGACCUCGCCUGCAACGGCUACGGAAUGUACCACACUAAAAGCAGACGUUGAACAGUGGAAAACAAAUUUCAACGCUAGUAAUCUCCUGGUGAAUCCUAGUAUUACGCUAUCUGAAGUCACUGAAUUAUUUGGUGUGAACAUUACGCAACUUUUGAGCGAGUUUGAUAAACUAGAAGCAGAACUGGACCGAAAAUCAAAUGAGAUGGUAGCUCAGAUUGAAGGCCAAUUCAACCUCACCGAGCAAUUUCAAGCUCUGAAUCAACUGUGGGACGAAAUCAAUACCAGUAUUGGCGAACCGGCUGUUAGAAGCGUCAAUCAAAUCAGCCCAACAGUGACCAGUAUAAUUCACUCAACUGGGAUGGCCGUUGCUGGAGUUGGUUACUUUUUCCUCAUCAUAUGCACGCUGGCUCUUCUUGUUAUAAUAAUCUACAUCAUUCUGUUGGCUACAGAAGCGUACGAACGAGAUUUGUUAAUCAUCCGGAAAGACCUUAUGGAGGAACACUGCUACGAAAACACAAUGUCCGCCUAUGCGUCUAUCCCUCAUACGUUUCCACCUUCGACCCAUCAUAUAAAGUGUGGAAUAAUUUUUUCAGCUGUUUUGUGUAGCACAAUUCCACUGGUCGUGUUGGUUGGAGGGGCAACCAUUUUACUGACCAGUGUUGGAAGCAAUGAAGCAUGUCGCUAUUCGACCAAUCCGUCUGGACUAAAGAUAACCGAUGAGGCUCUUAACCUUUACAUUCGGUAUGUUUGGCCGGAAUUCAUUGCAAAUCAGUCCAUCGAUCCCGGUAUCCUGGAUCUGUUGAAUUUACCUACACCAAAAGACGUAGUCGAUGGUCUGUUGGUCAAGUGUAAGCAGACAGGUUCCAAUCCAGAACCCGGAUUACUGCCCUCUGUUGGUGUGGACCAGCUUGUCAACGUGACAGCCGUAUUAGAGCAACCAAGGUUGCAAGAAUCCAUAGACAAGGCAGAGAAUACGUUGGUCACUGAAAUAGUUCAGUUUGAUUUCUCAUCUUUCAUUCCGGGAAAUGUGGACGAGCUGUUUGCAACUAUCACCAAUAUCACCUCUUAUCUGGACAAUUCUGAUUACACGCCCAGUAUUGCAGAGCUGCGCGAGUCACUGUCGAACAUCACAUGGAUUUCCGACUACACGAACAAGCUUUCACUAUUUGUCAUAUCAUACAUGAAUCAAUACGCCGAAGCUCUGACUAUUAGCACUACUGUGGAGGCUAUUCAGAGUGAACUGAAAAAGGCCGAGGAAGUGAAUACCGAGAUAAGACAGCUGAUACGAGCAUUUGAAAUACUACAACUUUAUCGGAAUUUUACAACACAACUGCUGCAAAUGGAACAAUCUUUAAAGAAUCUAAUUCAGAUUUUGAAAGAUCCUGCCGCGCUUGAAGCACCAAUCCGUCCAACUUACAGAGAAAACGUGAGGAUCGCACUGCGUAACCUAACUGCACUGCUGAAUGUCACCACCAGUCAGUUUACGAAAGACGUAAUCACAUGCGGCAGUGUGAACACUAUUGCAGUUUCGGUAAUCGGAGCUACCUGUGGCAAAGAUGGGAUAAUCAGUCGCCUUGGAGGAUUUUGCUUUAUUCUAUUAAUUCUUAUCGGAGCGCUUCUGCUGACAGUACUUGCGUUUCAAUUUUUUCUAUGUCUACAUGAACACCAUUGUUUGUAUGCAACAAAUCAGGGCAUUCCACUUCAUUUGUUUGUGAAAUUUGUUUACCGUCAUCUUGCCCACGAGUACAAAUGAAAACUGAAUGUCGCCACGCGACAUUCAACAGAACAGUCCAACUCAGGCGUUCGUCUGGAUGAUUUCCAUCCGCACUCGUCUAUGACGAGAUUACUUCUGCGCAUGUUUCGCGUUUAUUUCUGUUGCGCCACCACAACGUGUCGCUGAUACCAGUGCUUUUUUUACUUCGGUGCGCUUUUUGGUGCUUAUUUUCUCCUGUCUUUCUGACAAAUCGUUUCCGGAGGCCAAAAAUUAGAAAUAAGUCGCCCAAGUAUUGCAUUAAACAGUACCAGUUGGUAUCAUGUUGCCACAAUUACA